AUGCCCAAAACCAACGCGCGUUUGCGCAGCUCUCGUCGUGCUCCUUCGCUGAAAGAUGGCGAUAUUGAUCAUGAAAUUAGUCUGGUCGACCAUUCGGCACCGAUCGAGGAGCCUCAGUCUCCUACUCCCGAAACCGCCGAUGAUAUCGACGUAUCUAUUUCAAACCAACCCCUAAUUUCAUCCGAUAGUAGAGCUCCGUCUACCCAGCCUCCCGAAGCAGGAGAUGGCCAACCGAAAAAUAGUGACCCUGACGAGGCAGGUCCCUCGGGCGAACGUGGUACAUCUCAAGCUUCUAUACAAGAUGCCAACGGUUCGGUGAUCGGUAAACAGCCCAUUUCGAAAGAGAAUGGUCUUAAGAAGACUCUAAGCAAAAACAAGCCUCGUCCGCGUCCAUCUAAAGAGGCAGAAACAGAAAUUGAUAUACUAUACGAGAACCAGCGUGGGGGGUUCCUUUGUGGCAUUCCUCUAUUUUCUUCCGCGGCGUUGGGCAACUUAGAUCCCCCACCUUGGACCAACUUUGCACACAAGCCGAGCCCGACAGGCAUACAUACAGCCCAAGUGCCGGAUCCGAGCUGGGAAUGGGCAUGGCCUGAGUGGCGCAUAAAUCGGGAUGAGACUAUACAGACCGACAGUGACGGCUGGGAGUACUCGUUUAUGUUUUUUAAGAAAUUCUCAUGGCAUGGCCCUAAGUGGUACAAUUCAUUCGUACGGAGGAGAGCGUGGAUUAGAAGGCGAAUAAGAAAGGGCCACGGAUAUCAGAUGAACGACCCGCACAUGAACCAUGAGUACUUCUCAAUAACUCCCGCGAGAAUGGAAUCAGGACGAACGAGCGUCAAUCAGAUGGCAAUUCGGAUUUCCCAAGAAACGUCCCGGAAAUCGAGAGAUACUAAGCAGGAUGAAGAUGGAGCAAUAGCUAUGGUGGACAUAACAACAACUGACGAGCUAAUGCUGAUUUUGAGGAGGUCCCGCAUCGACCGAGAGAAGCUCGAGGCGAUAGAAAACUACAUUGAGCACUGCACAGAUGAUUUGCAGAAAUUGCAAGACUACAUGCACGAGAUCAUGUCUUUGUUUGUGUUCCAGGCAAACCGGAAGCUUCUCUUAGCACAUCUCAUACAACUUCACGACGACCAAGUGGAUACAGAACAAAAAGGGAAAUCUUCUCUCGCUACGCAACAAAAGGCCGAAAACUUGGCCGCAGCUAUUAAGCACGCCGACGAGGAAGUCCGAAGGCUGGAAUAUUGGAGCGAUAUCAAGGGGAUGGCAGAGAGUGGGGAGUCUAGAGGUGCUGUGGACUGCGGGAAAGGAUGGGAUCGCGACUGGACAGGCCUCGACAAGAGUGGCCCAAGAGGCGUUAAAAAGGACGACGAGCUUCCUUAA